UUAGGCCUACAGCAAUUUAUUGAAAUUGAUUGAAUUGAAUUUAACCAUAUCUCUAUUCUACUCUAUUCUCUAUGACAAGACGUUGUAACCAACUUGUACUAUCAUCGAGUGAGAGUGUUUUUAAAUUUGAAAUUUUAUUAGAAUUUUGAUUUUUUAAAUGUCUUCAGCAAAUUACAAAGUACUUUCUAUUCAAAGUCAUGUUGUAUCUGGUUAUGUUGGAAACAAAAGUGCAACAUUCCCUCUUCAGGUUUUGGGUUUUGAAGUGGACCCAAUCAACUCUGUCCAGUUCUCGAACCACACCGGCUAUGGUGUCUUUAAAGGCCAAGUUCUGAAUGAAAAUCAUCUUGGAGAACUGGUGGAAGGGCUGAAGAUCAAUCAGCUGGAUCAGUCGUACACCCAUCUACUGACCGGAUACAUCGGUAGUCCAAGCUUUCUGUACAAGGUGGCCGAAGUGGUACACCAUUUGAAAAAGGUCUGCCAUAACCUCACCUAUAUUUGUGAUCCGGUGAUGGGUGAUAAUGGAGCUAUGUACGUUCCGCAAGACUUACUGCCUAUCUACAGAGACACAAUUGUUCCCCUAGCUGACAUCGUUACGCCAAACCAAUACGAGCUCGAACUGUUGACCCAGAAACCUGUACGUAGUAUAGCUGACGCCUGGGCUGCAGUAGAUUGGUUUCAUGAGAAAGGCAUCAAGACAGUCGCUAUCUCGUCUUCUCAGCUCAGUUCCAAUAAUAACCAGUUACUGGCUUUAGCCAGCACCAUGGCAGAUGGAAAGUGCAAACGAGCUACAAUUGAGAUUCCUCUACUGGACGCCACAUUCACAGGGACGGGAGACCUGUUUGCCGCUCUGUUCCUUGCCUGGAUGGCCAAGAGCAACAACAAUAUCUACGAGGCGUUGGAAAAGACGCAGAACACAAUACAAGCAGUGUUAAAACGAACACUGGACUAUGCUAAACAGGAUCUGAAAAACAAGAAAGACAAACCGAGUGUUGGACAACUUGAGUUGCGACUUAUCCAAAGCAAGAAGGAUAUAGAAGAUGUUGAAGUCUUGCUGAAGGCCAAAGUCAUCAGUUAGCUUUUACCCCACCGGAUGUGCCUCAGAAAUAUAAUACGUUAGUUACCGACAUAUCAUGUAUGUACAUAUUCCAUACAUAUAAUCUAACGUAUACUGUAUAGUAUACACAUUUAUAUUGAUGCCUAACAAUAUUUUACCAAGCCUAAGAUGUUGGCGUUUAACUUUAUAUUCAGCAUACAUUAUAUUAAUUCCAUGUUGAGAGGUAUUUUGAGUGUGUCUUCACCAACAAAAUGUUACGGGAGCUGCACUCCUUAGUAACAAACUAAUAAUUUGAUUUUGGGUAUUAGAAUCACUUACACUAACCACCAGAUUGGAACGGUUUUUAUUUUGAUAGGUUUGGUCUUAAAACCCUUGCACUGAAUAAACCAAAUAUUUAUGGAUCGCUAGAAAAAUGCUACAUCUUUCCGUUGGUUGGUUGGUGUGAGUACGAUUACGAUUUAGCAAAGUGUACAAGUUUUGAAUUUUAGUUUGUCUUGGUUUAUUUGGCCUUACAUAAGGUUUGUUGCUCAUGCCACUUUAAUGGGUGCUUUUAUUAAAUGAAUCUACCAAAGAUUUUGAUUCCCUGCUGGUGUCAGGCAUUGUAUGGUUGUUACAUUUAGGUACAUUGUAGCUUUAAAGUAAUACGUCAUAUAUAAAUGUAUUUUAUUUGUUCAACUUCAUCAUAUAUUUGACUAUUCCAUUUUCGUGGUGAAAAAGAUCAUGAAGUUUUAAUAAUAAAAUUAAAUGUAUGAAAUUGUUAAGAUAGAUCAUUGUUGUAGUAAUAAAUUGAAAAUUAGUUGAGCAAUUUGUUCCAACAGCAGAAAAUGAAUAUAUAUAUAUUAUAUAUGACACAUAGACAAUAGACAAUUUCUUUAUUACAAUUUCAUCAAGGAAUGUUACAGCGUCAAAUUUUACAGAUACAAAGUGAAAUGAAAAAGCUUCUUCAGUGUUGUGUGUGGUCUUGCCAUGCAAAGAAUAAUUUGUAGCUUUAAAGUAAUUUCAUCAAUUUCAAAAAAUGGAAAACAGAUUUUUAUGAUCAGCAAAUAGUAUUUUGGAUCUUUUAUGACUGCAAAAUUGUACUCUAGGAUAAUUUUAAAUUUGGUUUAGCUUUUUUUUGUUCAUUUCACUCACUGUUACCAAUAAAAAUUGAACCAGUCGGUUUUUAUAUAGAUUCUUGAAGAGUGUAAAUGUUUGCAUUCUUUUAAUUCUGGUUCGAUUGGCUUAUAAUAAGCCUGAUGUUUUACCAUUCCACUAAUAUGAUGUUGUGAUUAGUUACCUAUCAAAUUGUUAUCGUCUAAGAAAAUCUUGUUUCUUUUGUUAUCUUAACCAAGUUGCCAUAAUAUUGUUGAUUAUUUUAAAUCUUGUUAUUUAGUGAUAAAAAAUUGUUAUUGAAUUUUAUUCAAGUUAGGGAAUGGGUUUUUACUACCUAAUAUUAUUUUGUAAAGCACUUUUGUUUAUGAUACUAGGCCUCGUUCAAGACAAUAGACAAUCGAACAGACUUGUAUACUCUUACGGUAAGUUAAAUGUACCCAGACAGCUGGCAAGUCUGAUCACGUUGGAGGGGCCUAACAUUCUUUUAAAUGUUUCCUAAAAGGAAAAAGUAUUGUGACCUUACAAAUUGUCUUCCAUAACCAAAUACUUAAGUUAUAGCUGUAGAAGGGAUUGGAUGAGUUUAAAAGCUUUUCAAUUAGUUAAGUCAUUGGUGUAUUAGUUUAGGUUGUUAGAAAGGAGCUUAUAUCUUAGUCAUACUAUGAAAUAUGGUUUAGAAUUUACGAAGAAGGUUAACUUUGUUAGAGAAAUUAAUUUUAUGACUUGUUUAUUCAUGCUACUGUAAGUUUUAUCAUACAAUACACUAUUUUAUGUACACAA